GAUAAGAAGCGCUACAUUCCCUGCUAGCUUCUUGUGGUUUGACCACCAGUCUAUGACGUUUCUACUGGUUUGCUGUCUUUGGUCCUUUUGAUACGUUGUAAAUUUUGAAGACCCAAGCUGCUGUAAAAUCUAGAUUUUAAGUCAUUUCAUAUUUGUAAAUGGAUUACUUCCGUGAAAUCAUGAAGCCGCGACCACAAGUUAAGACGGAUUCUGGCCCCAUCUGUGGCCAUGAAGUGAAAUCUCCAGAAUCCAACAUAAAAUAUUUCAGUUUUCAAGGAAUUCCUUAUGCUCGUCCACCAAUAGGUGAAUUGCGGUUCAAACCCCCAGAGCCUGUUGAGUCGUGGACAGAAGUAAAAGACUGUUGUCAAGAGAGAGAUGUGUGUAUUCAACAUCAUAUGUACUUACGGAACUUACAAGGCAGUGAAGACUGUUUGUAUUUGAACGUCUACACCCCACAGCUUCCAUUUUGGGGCUCUUCCAAUUUGCCUGUGAUGGUAAGACUGCAUGGUGGCGGCUUUACAACAGGUAGUGGAAAUACAGACAUGACUGGACCUGACUUCAUAGUAAAAGAACGUGUUCUUUUAGUCACCAUUAACUACCGACUGAGUGUGUUUGGUUUUUUAUGUGUGGAUGAACCAGGGGAUGGACAGGGUAAUAUGGGUCUGAAAGAUCAAGUUGCUGCUCUGAGAUGGAUUCAACGAAACAUAUCGAAUUUUGGAGGAGACCCAAAGAAAGUCACUAUUUCUGGAGAGAGUGCUGGAGGGGCUAGUGUUCAUCUGCACAUGAUGUCGCCUAUGUCUAAGGGUUUGUUUUCUUCUGCCAUAUGUGAGAGUGGUGUUGCUCUCAACCCAUGGGCAUUCACUAACCAAGGGCGUGAAAGAGCAUUCCACCUUGGAGAGAGCUUGGGCUUCAAGGGUAACAAUGCUAAAGACCUAGUUAAAUACCUGAAAACAAUUCCUGCAGAUCGUCUUACAGAGGCGGCUGCAAAAAAUUCAUUCUCAAAAGAGGAGAAAGAAUACUCUUGUGUGGUGAAACCAUUUCCAUUUGUCCCAUCAGUUGAAAUAACAGACGGUUCUGUAGAGCCAUUUUUAUGUGAAAAUCCAGUUAAAAUACUGCAGGAAGGUAGAUUUUUUCGGGGCCCCUUCUUAGCAGGAGUCAACAACAGAGAAGCAAUACUUCUUCUGGCAGCUAUAAUGGGAAAGGAAAGAAAUGAAAUGCUGAAGAAAUUUGAUAGCAGAAUCCCUAAACUUGUCCCUGCAGAUUUGUCAUUAGCUCGAGGAUCACCUGAAGAAUCAAAAGUGGCAGAAUUAAUCCGCUGGCAGUACAUGAAAAACAAGCCUUUAACAGAGGAAAAUUUGGUUGAUUAUUUUAAUCUGACUGGGGAUUUGAUGUUUGUACAUGGUUUCUACUGUGCCAUGAAGUAUCAUUGCAAGUUCUCUGCACCAUAUUUGUAUGAGUUUAGCUAUGAAGGUGCAUUAAAUGUUUUUAGAAACGUUUUGGCUGUAGAUCACGUAAGAGGUGCUUGCCACGCUGAUGAGUUGGGAUACUUAUUUAAAAUGGAUCUAUUGCCGUCAAGUGAUAAUGUACCAAUCAAAGAUUUGAAAAUGAGGGAGAAGUUUGUGAAGAUGUGGACAAACUUUGUAAAAUUUGGGCAUCCAACACCAAGAACUGACUCAUCACUGGAUGUUGCAUGGCUUCCAGCGAGUCAAAGACAAGCAACUUAUCUUGAGAUUGGACCAACUAUUCAGAAUAUUAAAGGGGCCAUUGCUGAAAGAAGGAUGUUGUUUUGGGAUAAUAUGUAUGCUGGAAAGGAAAAGUUGAGAAAUAAUCUCUGAUACAGUACAGAUAAAGUCUCUCCAGCAUGUACAACUGGGAUUGUUCUGCAUGCAGCACUACAUUACAAUAAUAUGUUUUGUAAUCUGUGUACUGUAUAUAUAUAUUGAAUGACCAAUACUUUCAAACUGCUUUUUUAGCAACUGUGUUCAUCUCUUUUAUAUUUUUGUACUCUUAUUAAUAUAUAAAACCAAGAGAUUGUAUGUCUACAUAAAAAGUUAGUUUCAAAGUGAGGACUUGUAUACUUUAAGGAUUCUUAAGUUGAUAUUGGUUGUGUGGUGGCUUGUCUAGAGGCUAUAUCCAUUUUUUGUUGCCAAAUAAAUUGUUUUCUGUUUUUA